AUCGGCAAAUGAUUGCUUAUAUUGCGGCCAUAUUCUUUUCCCAAAUCGUGUAUAUUUACAACACACGUUUAUAUUGUAAGUGUGCCCGGUCCAUAUUAAAUACGUCAAUGUCGGUGUGUGACAGUGGCAUCGCUAUAUUCAUUGUUUUUGUCAAGCAAGUUGUGCUUGUUCUGUGUUUGGUGCUGUGGUUUUGAUAAAUUUGUUGCUGUGCACGAACGUGUUUACCCAGUUUCUAAUUAAAUAUUCAUAUAUAAACGACACGAUUAUAUAAAUGAUAUCACUUUGCUGAAAUGGGGUGUGCACACAGCGAAAUAUCUCCGCAAAAUGAAGCGCCCAAAAAAGGAUGCACGGAUGUGCUUUGGCUGAUAAUUUAUAUUCUCUUUUGGAUUUUAAUGAUAAUAGUGGCAGCUGUAUCAUUUGUUUAUGGAAACCCUCAAAGGUUGAUAAAUGGAUAUGACUCUUUUGGCAAUACAUGUGGAGUCAAGACAAAUAAGAAACUCAUCAAUUUCCCACUGGCGGGAAUAAGCACGAUUGACAAGAACUAUUUGUUUUUUAUGGAUAUAAAAGAAUUACGAAGAUCUCUGAAGAUAUGUGUAAAGCAAUGCCCUGAUAAGAAACUGGAAUCACUGAAUGACAUUCAACAGUUUUAUAGAGACACUGGAUCCAACCUUUGCAGAUAUGAUAUCAAUUUAAAUAAUGUAACAAGUUCAAAAGAUCUUCACAAGUUCAUUGGUCCAUGCCCCUCUUUACCAGUUUAUAAGUCCUUUCCCCUGCUUAACCGAUGUUUUCCAAAGUCGGCACAGGAAUUGGCAGACAGAGUAUUCAAAGAUUUUUCUGAAUUGCUGAACAGCUGGGACAGUGUAGAACAGAUGUUAUCAGAUCUCUACUCUUCUUGGAAGGAAAUGAUAAUAUGUGUAAUAAUAGCUUUCAUAUGUUCCCUGAUUAUGGUGUCAAUACUUCAUUUACUUGCGACAUUUGUGUCUUGGAUAUUCAUGAUCGUAGUAUCCAUAGUAAGCGUAGCUGGCACAGCACUCUUAUGGGUGACUUACAUCGAGUUGAAAAACAAACAACUUGACUUUUCUGAAACCCAUUACUUGGCGGAAGCAUUCAAAAAUGAAAAGGCGUUCAUGUGGUAUUCUAUUAUUGCUACCAUAAUAACUCUGAUCCUCCUGGUCCUGGUGUUCGUGAUGCGUUCGCGCGUGUCCUUCCUGGCGGCGCUGUUCCGAGAGACGGCGCACUGUCUGGGCGCCAUCCCGGCGCUGUUCCUGCAGCCGAUCAUCACGUUCGUGUUCUUAGUGCUGUUCUUCGCGUUUUGGUCGUUGGUCGUGGUGUGCUUGGCAACAGCAAAUUACCCAGGAAUACCUUACAAAACCAACUUUUUCAUCAAUGGAACACCUAUGGCUGAUCACGUUGAUAAUGCAGCUAUUCAAUCUCAGAAUAUCAACAAGAGUGCUAGUUUGAAAACUUUCACUUUGGAUUCAGUUGAGUUUGAUCCAAUGUGGGUGAAAAGUAUGUGGUGGAUUUGCUUCAUCUGUCUAAUAUGGGGAAGCGAGUUUAUUCUGGGUUGUCAACAGAUGACCAUAGCGGGCGCCGUUUCACAUUGGUAUUUUAGAGGUCCCAAUGCUCACUCUCCGGUGCUGUAUUCCAUUGGCAAACUCAUCAAAUACCACUUGGGCUCUGUCGCUAAGGGCUCCUUUUUGAUAACGCUGUUCAAAAUUCCGCGCCUUAUUCUCACAUAUUUACAUGCAAAGUUAUCUGCUAGUGCUGAUAAAGGAUCAAACUGCGCAAAGUGCGGCCUCAAAUGCGGUAUUUGCUGCUUCUACUGCCUUGAGAAGUUCAUCCGUUACUUGAACCAUAACGCUUACACUAUCAUCACUAUUGAAAGGGUUCACUUCUGUAAGGCUGCAGCCAAGGCGUUCAGCACGAUAGUGAACAACGCUCUCCAAGUGGCCACCAUCAACAGCGUGGGCGACUUCAUCCUGUUCCUGGGCAAGUGCAUCGUGACGGCCGUGACCGGGAUCGUCGGCCUGCUGCUGCUCAAGCGUAACACCGAUCUGCAGUUCUACGCAGUGCCUACACUGGUUAUUUGCAUCUACUCGUUCUUCAUCGCGCACUGUAUACUGUCUUUGUAUGAGAUGGUUGUAGACUCGCUCUUCCUCUGCGUAUGUGAAGACCGCAACAUGAACGGUUCAGACGGGCGCUGGAAGAGCUCCCGCCUGGCCGAGCUGGGCGGCCACGCGCGCGGGGACCCGCCCCCCGGGCCCGAGCACCAGGAGCUGCAGGCCAAGUACUGAACUGGCUUUUAGAGAUCGUAAAGUCCGGUCGCCGAGCUGAUGGAACUUCGUCCAAUGACCCCAAGCUACCCAUCCUUAUCGCUCGCGCGUAAUUAUAUUGCUGUCGCGACUGUGCGACGGCCGGCCGCAGUGAGUGUGCGAGCUCGGCGAUCGGACUUACGCACGUUUAUAAUGAAGUGUGGUAACUCUAAAAUCUGGUUUUGGAGAUUUUUGUCAUCAAGAGCCAAGCACACGACGUGUUGCGGUGUUGCACCGCAAAGAUUGCUGCGCUGCGCUUCAUCGAUCGUGUGCUUUGGCUCUUAUAGUUUUUAACUAAAAACUUCAGUUUUACGAGAUUUUUACCUUUACAUUUAUUGAGAUUUUAAAAUAUUUUUUUAGAAAACUAUGUUCUUUUAAGAUAAAAGUUCGAAUAACGGAUUUUUUGUAUUACUGCAGUUUGUUGUAAAACGUGUGGUAGAGUUCUUUUCUAUUUCUGACUUGUAUGUAUGGUUGUGGUAAAAAAUCACUGUCCUGAUGCCCGAUUUCACGUGAUGCGGUCGAAAAUAAACGAAUAUUCCUUUUUAUAAUAACACAAAUACACUGAUUGAUACAGAAAUGAAAAGAACUCAACAUAAGGUUAUUGUGAUGGCAUCCCAAUGUGUUAAUGUUAACUUGAAAAUGUAUUUCUGCUUAAUUAAUGGUUGAAAUUGUAUAGGGUUCCAAAGAAAACAUUAACCAGUAAUCAGACACAUAUCUAAAUGAAAUUAAUAUAAUAUUUAGUUAUAAUAUCACCAUAAUAAUAAAUCAUUAGAAAGUCAGUGAAAUAUCGUAUGAUCUUUGGAACCUUAUUUAAUUGCAUGUUAUGUGAAUUGUUCUAUUAAAUUAUUAAUAAUAUUCCUUACUCGUAAUGAUAUUAAUGUUGUUUACAAGUUUUUAGAUGGUGCCGCAUCGUAUUGUGUGGUUAUGGCUUUAUUGGUGUUGCGUAAGUGUAAGGUAUAGUUUGUUUUAGUUGUCAGUGCAUGCACAAGUUUAUUCCGUCUGAUAUACAUGUGUAUUAGUUGGUUAGUGGAUAUAGUACAGUGUAUGUUAGGCUGCAUCAGCUAUCUAUCCAGUGCCUCGUUUGUGCCUUUGUAUUAGCAUCUAUUGAUACUUGCAAUAAGGUAGCUGUAAAAACCAAUGUAAUGGGACUAACCUAAUGCAUGUUAAUGUGGAAAACCAAUACUAUGGGAAAUGAUAGAAAUAUUAUCAGUCAGAAGAAUCAUCAUAGUAAAAGUGUUAAAGGACUUUAGCCACAACAACUAUGAUUAUUAUAAUAUUAUAAAAUAAGUAACUGAAGUCGACAUUUAUCACCUAAUUGAUAUACAAGGGCAAGGGUGAUCAAAGGAUUCUUGAAGUGUCGCCUAUGAUCAUCCUGUGGUUUGAGCCUGGUGAUCAAAGUGGAAUUGACCGAUACGUACGAUUAC